AUGUAUAGCAGCCCACAACCACAAUCAUUGAAUUCUAAACAGCCAGACAUGUACUGUACACCUGUGUUGCAAAAAUAUAACACACAGCUGUCUGAAAUGAAUAAAAGUGCUUUGUCACCUAUGUACAGUAGGGCUCAGGCAGCACAACGCUACAACAUGUCGCAGAUGUACGGCACACCCCCUUCACAGAUGUACAAUGUACCACAGCUAGACAUGUACAAUUCUCCACACCAGUCAUCGGUGUACAUCUCUCAGCCGUCUCAAAUGUACAGCUCACCACAAUCAUCAAUGUAUGGUACACCACAGACUCAGAUGCAUAGUGCAGCACAAGCGCAAAUGUAUGGUAGUCCAUUGUCUAAAAUGUAUGCCUCUCCUCAGGCACAGAUGUAUGCUACUCCUCAGUCGCAAAUGUAUGGCUCGCCACUUGCCAAAAUGUACAGUACUCCACCUUCACAGAUGAACAGCCUACCACUUGCACAAUAUGACAAGCAAGAACCGCAAAUAAGCAAAGCAGCACAAUUGCCAGAAAGCAGUGGAUCUCUAUCCAAGAAGUACACCAGUCCACAGUCACCGAAAAGUUCUUCACCUUUGUCACCAAAAUACAGUGUUCCACCAACUGCUGAAUGUACUUCACCGCUGUCAAAAAUGUACAAAUCAUCACAAUCUUUAUUGAGCAGCACAUUGCCAUCAGAGCUGUACAAUACACCUCAGUCAGCAAAGUGCAGCACACCACCGUUGCAGGUGUAUAACAGACAGCAGCCUGACGUCUUUGGUACACCGGAGACACAAAUGUGCAGUUUGUCACAGUCAGAUGUCUACAAGAUGCAGUGUUCACAGCGGUAUAACAUGCUACAGUCACCACUGUACAACACGCCACCAACACAGCUGUACAGCUCUCCUUUGCUGUACAACACCUCGCCAAUGUCGCAGUUGAAUAACAUGACACAACCUCAGCUGUACAGCACACCACAAUCUACUGCUUACUCCAAAACACAGGCUCAGGAAUACAGUACACCACACCCCCAGAGAUAUGCUCUCUCUCAGCCUUCUCAGGUAUAUGGUACUUUACAGCCAGGCUUAUAG